AUGAGGAAACUGAAGCCGCGAGUUAGAAGCUUCGCUCAGGUCACGUGGUCGGGUUCCGCUUCUCGCGCUCCGCAUCCCGAGAGCUGGGUUCGGAUUCUGGACCCUGACAAGGUUCCUUUGGCUUCGUUGGCGGCCCUGGCAGCGUCCUCCCGGCUCCCGAGCCUUCCCCCAAAUCCUCCGCAAGCUCCCCUGCUCACCAGCCUCCUCGCUUGGGCACAGCGCAUCCCACGGCCGUCCCCGCCUGCCCCUGACAGCCAGACCGGGCGACCCCAGCCCCCGAGAGCCCCGCCCACGGCCGCUGCUCACACAAAUGAAAGCGCAGUCCCAGGCCUUCAGUCCCGCCGUUAUAAAGAAAGGGUCGGCCGAGGGGUCGGAAUCAAGAGGAAAGGAAGCCGAGCAGGAACAACCGCCCGGGAGGGGCGGGGCCUUGCUGGGGAGGGCGAACCCGGGCGGAGCGGCCGGCUCCGGCGCGGCCCGACGCUUUUUCUGCAGGGCGGGGGUGGGGCGGUGGGCGUGCCCGGCGCUCCCGGAAGUGGCGGUAGACUGUGGCGGUUGACGGCGACGGCUAUGGCGGCGGCGGCGGGCGGCGCGGCGGCCGGGGCGGUGCGUUCCCUGUCGCGGUUCCGGGGCUGUCUGGCCGGGGCGCUCCUCGGCGACUGUGUGGGGGCCGUCUACGAGGCGCACGACGACGUUACCAUGGCGUCUGUACUGAGUCACGUGAGCAGCCUGGAGCCGGAGCCUGGAGCGAAGGGGAGCGCGCGCACAGAGGCCCUGUACUACACAGAUGACACUGCUAUGACCAGAGCCCUGGUGCAGUCCCUGCUGGCCAAGGAGGCCUUCGAUGAGGUGGACAUGGCCAAGAGGUUCGCUCAGGAGUACAAGAAAGAUCCCGAUCGAGGCUAUGGUGCUGCAGUGAUCACUGUGUUCAAAAAGCUACUGAACCCCAAAUGCAUGGAUGUCUUUGAGCCAGCUCGGGCUCAGUUCAACGGGAAGGGCUCCUAUGGCAAUGGGGGUGCCAUGCGUGUAGCUGGCAUCUCCUUGGCCUACAGUAACACCCAAGACGUUCAGAAGUUUGCCCGGCUCUCAGCCCAGCUGACCCACGCCUCCUCGCUGGGCUUCAACGGUGCCAUCCUGCAGGCUCUGGCCGUGCAUCUGGCCCUACAAGGGGAGUCGUCCCGGGAGUGGUUUCUCCAGCAGCUCUUGGACCACAUGGAGGAGGUGGAGAGUGAUGACCGGUCUCUGUCAGAAGCACGGGAGCUGGGCAUGGGGGAGCGGCCAUACUCGAGCAAACUGAAGAAGAUCGGGGAGUUCUUGGAGCAGGGCUUAAUGGCCAAGGAGGAAGUUUUGUCUGAGCUCGGGAAUGGCAUCGCAGCCUUCGAGUCGGUCCCCACCGCCAUCUACUGCUUCCUUCGCUGCAUGGCUCCUGACCCCGCAAUCCCAGCCACCUUCAACAGCCUCCAGCGGACGCUCAUCUACUCCAUCUCCCUGGGGGGAGACACUGACACCAUCGCCACCAUGGCCGGGGCCAUUGCUGGGGCUUACUACGGCAUGGAGCAGGUUCCGGAGAGCUGGCAGCAAAGCUGUGAGGGCUAUGAGGAGACGGACGUGCUGGCCCGCAGCCUGCACCAGCUCUUCAGCAAGGACCUGUGAGGGGCGCUGCAGGCGCCCAGGCUUCCCGCCUCCACUCACCAGCUCCUCCUCAGCCUGGGGCCACAUGCCCGGUGGGAGCGGGG